AUGUUCGGAAGCAACGGUUGGCGCGCCUUAGGGCUUUCUCUUGCCCUAGCACCGCAGGCGCUGGCAGACAUCUGCGCGACCCUUAAACAAGGCGGCAUUGAUGUCGAGUAUCCUCUCACAUUGGACUAUUCCAAUGAUCUCACCAAGUAUUGGUCUGCAGCAUGCGGUGACCUCAAGCCAACCUGUAUCGCAGCCCCAUCCAGUGCAGCAGAGAUGGCACAGGUGAUCAAAAAUCUCCACGACGUGGAGACUCUCUUCGCGGUCAAGAGUGGAGGUCACAUGCCCAACAAUGGAUUUGCGAGUAUCCAAGAUGGUCUGUUGGUUUCGACAAAGAAUCUUGAUCAAGUCGACUAUAAUCCGGAUGAUCAUACCGCUAUCAUUGGCCCUGGUCUUUCAUGGGAAGAGGCCCAAAAGGGUCUUGAUGGAACUGGUCGAUGUGUUGUUGGUGGACGUCUUGGAGGAGUUGGAAUUGGAGGAUAUAUGCUUGGAGGCAAGUCGAGCUGGUUCGGGGUUUGA